CGGUCAUGCAAGCUAUAUACAGCGCUAUAGCUGCGCUUCGGCGUCGUGAUGUGGCGUGUCGCCUCGAAUCACAACGGCGCGGUACGGCCGUAGUCUGGCCGGUAGUCGAGUAUAGCGCGCGCUCCCCAGAUCAGUUUCAUUCAAACGGCCCCUUCCAUGCUCCAUAGCAUGUCAUAAAUCCCAGGUUCCCUUUGUAACACUCGUCCACGACACCUGUUCCUUCUAACCUCCGUAGAUCGGCCCUUGCUCGCGCCCAUCUCGUAUAGAGAAACGUUUGCAGGCCCUUUAUAGGCAGGCCCGGGGGCCAGGGUAUCUCUUCUUCCCCCGCGAUCCUUUUCGCAUAUGCUGUGCUAUGUCUUCUACCCUUUCUCUUUCCGUUGAAGACAGUUCUCCGCUCAUUUCUUACAAUCCAGAAGGUGCAUGGAAGGAUGGGGACGAAUCUGCCGCCGAGCCCUACUCAGGCCAGUCAUUUCACUAUACGGCAUACAAGAACGCGUCCGCCUCCGUCACUUUUAAUGGCACCGGCAUAUCUAUCUACGGCGCCAACGGUCCCGACUACGGUCCCUAUACGAUUUAUGUCGACAACGUCCUCGUAGGAGCAGGCAAUGGCAAGGCGUACUCGACGCAGACCAAGGCCCUGCUAGGCACGGUCUCCGACCUCGAUCAGGGCGAGCACACUGUUGAGCUCAUCAACAACAGUGAUGGGCUGCUCGACAUCGACUGGGUCGUACUGUCUACCGAUCUCAAGUCAGAUGGGGUGUCCGUCGGCCACGAAGACAGUGGCGUCGAAUACCAUCCAUCCUCCGAGUGGAAGUCUACCGAUGACGGACAUACGACGUCGUCCGAGGUGGCGUAUGCGUCGCUGACCUUCUACGGCGACGCUGUCGCGGUCUAUGGCACCGCCUCCUCGGAUAACACCCGGGUUCAGGCCCUCGUCGACGGGGAUGCCUUUCCGAUGCCCGUCACGAACACUACGGAUUUAUCAACGUCGCACAACGGGGUACGUUUCGUUUAUCCGGAUUCGCUGCAUAGCUUGCUGAUUACCGAAAAGGUUCUACUUUACUUCUUGACCGGACUUCCAACUAGCGAACACUCCCUAAAGAUUGCCGCCGACCCUUCCUCAUCAGGGAAGACCUUGGCCAUUGACGCCAUCCAUAUUUAUUCAUCCUCCGGCUCUGCAUCAGUUGCGAACUGGAAGCCCGCGUCGACUUCGCACGAACUCCCGCUGGGCAUAAUCCUGGGCGCAGCCGUCGGCGGAGGUGUCUUCGCGCUCGUCCUUCUCUUCUUGCUCGUCCAGUUCCUGCGCAAGCGGCAUAAGCAGCGCGCUCACGCUGGGUCGGAUGAAGAGUCUCCGAAUCCUGGUCUGCCUAUCGUUGCGGAGAGCCCGUCGAGCGUGUUCAAGCCGAUGAUGCGGUCGUUCAGCAUGCGCACCAAGUCCCACUCGCGCUGGUCGGACGAGACGCUCGCGGCCAAGUGGCACUGGAAGAAGGAAAAGGCCAAGGGUAAAGGGAAAGCUGCGAAGGACAAGGUCAAACGUGGCACGAAGAAGAGCGAGAAGAGCGAGAAGGAGCGCUCUGGAUCCUUCAGCGCAGACGCGAACCUAACGCCGCUUCCCCGCAUGCGCGCUUUCUCGCCCGAUAGCACGACUACGCUGAGCUCAUAUGCCUCGAACGCGCCUAUGCUCUAUCCCGGUCAUACUAGUCCAUCGAGCGCGUCUUUCGGUGGAAACAUGACACCGGCGACAGCUACCUUCGAAGCCCCGACGACCUUCCAAGCUGACCAGUAUACACGACAACUUACGCUGACAACUUUGACAGCCCUAUCGAGGAGGCCCACAUCGGCCGGAGAAACGACCACCCACGCUCCUGUACUAAUCUACGUUCCCUAUUUAACCGUUAUUUAUUCGCAGCUGGACUCCGUGUGCAUCGAUAUAGCCUAUCGAUGCCCCGGGAUACUGGCAUCUGCUCGGAGAGUGGGUGGUGACUGCUUACUGCCAACAUCUGUCCGAGGUACGCACGGGUGA